GAGAGAGCGAGAGAGAGAGAGAGAGACUCGAUAAAUUGUCUGAGUGACAAAUCUGUAAUCUCCCUCCCUUGAGUUGCUCGCCCACUGAACGGUAACUGAUGGCAGCAAAUAAGCUCCUCUCAUCUCAUCAUCUCUCUUCUCCUUUUCUGCCUUGCAAAUUCUAUACCAGAAAGUUAUCUCACAACCAGCCAUCACUCGGACGGGCUCCACCAGCCCCCAGAGCCAAGAGGCUCGUCUCCUCUGCCUCCCUCCACGAUCUUCUCGGUCUCACCUCCUCUUCUGCUGCCCUGUUCCAUCAUCAUGUCCACAACCUCUCUCUCUUCUCGCUAGCAGAGAGCGUGGGCUAUUCCUUGGCCAGCUAUUACACUUCCCUGGGUCUCUUCGUCAUUUCUGUUCCAGGCUUAUGGUCUCUCAUCAAACGCUCUGUAAAAUCCAAGGUUGUGCAGAAGGCAUUUGUAGGCGAAGGAGAAGAUAAGAAAGUACCAAAUCAAGUUGCAGGAGAAAUUCUAUCUUUCUUCACCCGCAACAAUUUCACCGUCUCCGAUAGAGGAGAAACCAUAACGUUUGAAGGCAUGAUGGUUCCAAGCAGAGGACAAGCAGCAUUGCUGACUUUCUGCACUUGUAUCAGCUUGGCAAGCGUCGCCCUCGUUCUUACUAUAACAGUUCCCGAUGUAGGGGAUAACUGGUAUUGGCUCACCAUCUUAAGCCCAUUAGCAGGGGUCUACUACUGGACGCGUGCAUCAAGAAAGGAGCAGAUAAAGGUUAAGAUGAUAGUAGCAGAUGAUGGGACACUCUCAGAAAUCAUCGUCCAAGGAGAUGAUCAACAAAUAGAGCAAAUGAGGAAGGAGCUUCAACUGAACGAGAAAGGCAUGGUAUAUGUGAAAGGCAUUUUCGAAAGAUAAUGAUAAAGAAAGAUUAUAGAGGUUCAAUUAAUCUUGGUUGGACUCUCCCAUCAUGCACUUGACUCGUCAGCUGCCGAAAGAAGAAAGAAAAUGGAAGGAAAACCCUGUUAUUCUAUUUGUUCAGUAUCUGUUUUCUCUUUCAUCCAGAAAUGCCUUGGCAAAUUUUGAGAUAUGUUGUUACGGCUUAUUACAUACAUGUGCCCUUAACUUGGACUUAUAUCAAAAAGUAUUUAACUUUUAAACA